GGACCGGUGCCGAGCGUGCCGGUGUAUACACGAUCGUGCAUAAUGAAGCCGACGUAAACAACGCGUAGAGCCGCCAAAAACAUACGGUGGACGUGGCGUCAGAAAUUGCAGAAAGCAACCGAAACCGAAAACAGUCCCCGGACAACCCGAAAAGUGUGCCUCGGCAGGGUCUGGUAGGUAGCGCUGGCAGUCUUAUUCGAACGACAGAAACGCACAGCACCUGGACGAAGCAGGACGUUCGUCGCUUGCAAACGGUCGGAGACUUGCGGAAGACUUUUUCUUGGUGAACGAGGAAGCGAAAUUGGAAGAUUACUUUGCGAAAACAAGAGUGUUAGACAGCUUACUGCAGCACAGUAGUAGAAUCGUAGAAAGUACGUAACGUCUACAGUUAUAAUCCAAAGCAUACGGUGUGACAGUGUGUGGACGGCUCAUAACAAGGCUGGCCAGUGUUCGGAGUUCGGUGGCGCACGUGACUUUUGCAGGCAGUGCUUAAUCUACACGCAGGCUAAGCUUCGACAAACAAACGAACGCAUCCCUCUCUGCCUGGUCUGUCGAACGGCGUGUGUGUAGGGGAGAAGUGGCGCAACUCGGCUCGUAGUGUUUCUUUUUUUGGCGUUGUUUUUGUUUGUUUGUUUGUUGACGCAAGGGCAAACGUUUGCUGGAGAGAACACAGUGCUAAGGAGACUCUGCGCUUGCUUGGUUGGCGAUUUGUUUACUAAAGACACGAUUGAUCAGAACCUGGAGGUAGCCUGCUGAGAUUACUAAUGUGUGAUAGACCCGUUCAGUGCGCAUCAUACAAGCAGCAGAACAGUCAGUAAAGAUGGCAAGGAACUUUAUGGACCUGAUCUGGGAUUAUGCGGUGUUCAUCAUAUUCAUCAUAUUCUCCACGCUCUUCCCGCUCUGGGGCCGGUUCUUCGGCAAGAAGGAGAAAACCAAGGCCGACUAUGUGUUCGGACUCGGCACGAUAUCGAUGGGUGCGAUGAUGCUGUCGAUCGCUCGCGGAACCCUGGGCGUCCGAUCGUUUCUGGGCUACCCGAGCGAACUGUUCUACCGCGGUUCGGCCAUGUGGGAAACGCUGUACGGUAUGGUGACCGCGUAUCCGGUGGUAUGCUUCAUCUUCAUCCCGGUGUACUUCAAUCUGGGCGUAACGUCCGUGUACCAGUACCUGGAUCUGCGCUUCAACAGUCGGCUGGUGCGAUGCCUUGCGUCGGGCACGUACAUCGUCCGUUCGCUGCUCAAUCUGGGCGUCACGGUGUACACCCCGACCGUGGCCAUGAACACCGUCAUCGGCGUACCGUACUGGGCGUCACUGAUCGGCAUAUCGGCCAUUAGCAUCGGAUUCAAUUUGCUGGGUGGUUUGAAGGCGGCGAUCACGGCGGAUGUAAUACAAGGCGUGACAAUGAUCUUGAUCUCGCUGGGCAUUAUCAUCCAGGCGAUGGUUUCGGUCGGCGGGUUCGAGAAGAUUUUCACCGUACCAGCUGAAGAUGGUCGUUUGAAUUUCUUCAACUUUACCGGCGACUCUACGGUUCGGGUGGAUACGACGUCCGCAUGGCUCGGCCAGCUGUUUAUGUCACUGAGCAUAUUCGGCUGUCAGCAGAACUUUGUCCAGCGCUAUCUGAGCAUGAGCACGUUCAAGGAGGUACGCCGCACGCUGAUGAGCAACAUUCCGGUGGUGAUUGUGCUGUUCUGUCUGGCGUGGAUCGUAGGCAUGGGCGUGUACGCCGUGUACGCCGUGUGCGAUCCGAUGAAGGCCGGUUACAUCAACAAGAUGGACGAAAUUCUUCCGUUCUUCGUGGAGGACAAGUUUGCCUAUCUGCCAGGCGUUUUGGGCAUCUUUAUGGCGUCGCUGUUUAACGGUGCACUGAGCCUGAACGUUUCGAAUAUCAACUCGUUGGCCACCGUCACCUGGGAGGACUUUCUGUCCCAUCUGCCCCGCUUCAAGGGCAUCAACGACAAGCAGCAGUUGAACGUGAUCAAGUUCAUUGGUUCGAUCUACGGUGUGGUGGUGAUGGGCGUUGGCUUCUCGGUUGGACUACUGUCGGGAGUUAUCGAGAGCAGUAUGCUGAUGACGUCGGCCACAUCGGGACCGCUGCUGGGAGUGUUUUUGCUCGCCAUGCUGGUACCGAUCGCGAACUGGAAGGGAGCCGCCUGCGGUAUGAUCGUGUCGCACAUCAUCACGCUCUGGAUAACGUUCGGCAGCUUAACUGUGUCGAAGGAGAUUGUACUGCUUCCGACUACAAUUGAUGGUUGCACAAACGACACAUUCUCUUCGGGUAUUACAAAACCCACCAAAUCGUGGCUGCUUGCCAACACUCCUCUCGAGGUGGAGUCUGAGUUUCCCUACUUCGACACCACGACGCAAACCCCGUCUCCGGCAACGAUUGGCUUCCCGGAAAACAUCUACUCAGUGUCGUACAUGUACUACAGCUUGAUUGGCACCUUCCUCACACUCGUCGUAGGUACGCUGGUGAGCGUACUGACGUCCCACGCCGACGAUGCAUACGACCGCAAACUGUUGCAUCCGAUCGCUUACCACUGUAGCAAGAUGUUCCCCGGCAAGGAACGGCGCUACAUCACCAACCCGGACAUUCGGCCCAAGGAUGUGGAGUCGCCGGACAGCAACAGCAUCAGCACGAAAAAGUCACCGCUCGAGGAGCUCGAACGUGACAACCUGGGUUUCGAUACGGUCUCUGAGCAGUCUGGUGUGACGGUGGUGAGCGUCGAUCCGAUACCGCCCAAGUUGGACCGGCCGGAGGUGUACCGAAAGCAUGACACCGAAGCCGACCACUGAGACGGUUUGCCGGUCGGUGGCCGAUGGCUCCUCGCAAGCGUAAUGAUACACUUUGAAAGACUGUGAUAAACUCAGCGAACCUUACCGAUUACGUGCACAACCCUAGACCAAUCUGACCCCGUUUCCAACCACCGUUGGAGGUGUGUUUUCUUUGCUUCUUUGCCACAAUAGUAUUUGUCGUUCGAGUAGUUCGAGAUCGAGCGAUCCGAACGUGCCCACUGCAAGCACGUCCUGAGCGUUUAGGGAUUUGGUGAGAGAGGAAGCGAUAGAAGGUUCGGACAGUGGGACAGACUUGUUUGUUUCUAUUCUCAGCAUGACGGGCGAUGCAAGAUGUGGAGACGAAUGUCGCGUUUAAAACAAAAAAGGAACUUUAGCUCUAAGAAUAGCAUAAGCAAAAUGCACACGUCAAGGCAUAUGACAGUGUGCUGACGGCAAGGGGGAAAAGGGAUAACAACUGGAAUUUAUUUCGUAUUUAAUGUAGGUUGUAAAGAAGGAAGUAUGAGCAGAAUAAAUUAUGCGCAAUUGAUACAUGAA